CACCUCUGGAAAGAGAAGAUGCUCCGGUUACGGGCUGCCUCUCCCGGCCGCCGCCUCCUCCUCCUCCUCCGCUCACGCGUCCUCCCUCCCCGCCCCGCCUUCUUAGUGGUCGGCCGGCUGGGUUACGCAGGAGCCGCCGCCAGCAGGAGCAGCAGUUAGCAGAGAGCUUUGACGCGCAUCUCCAGAGAAGCAGCAGCAGCCCGUUGCAAGUAACCGGGAGCGAAAGGACGCGGAAGCUACCUGGACGGGAGAAGAGGGCAAGGACGACGACGGGGCGCCGGGGAACGACGGAGGGGGUGAAGGGAAAAGGCGAGGAGCCGGGGGGAAGGAAGGGCACAGAAAGCCGGGACUUGGCCCGGGCUCGGAAGCGGAUGGAUCCGUUUGCUCGCUCGCUGCAAGAGAGGGCGGGAAAGCCGAGGCAGCUCCUGCUCCCCCACGUGCCGAACGGCUUGUAACCCGCCUUGGGUUUCUUUUCCGGGCGCGCCAGUCGCUAGCAAGCAGCAAGUGCGGCGGCUCGCUGCCGCUUUUCUUCCGCGCUUCAGCAUGAAGUAACGAGGACGGCAAAGUUUGGCGCGCAGUGGCGGCGGUGCGCCUUCGAGGUGACGAGGCCGCCAUGUCGGCCCCCGCCGGCUUGGACUUCGCGGCGGUGGAAAGUUUCCUGGACAGGCACCCGGAGCUGGUGGAGAAGUGGCUGAAGAGGAGGAGCUCCCUCCUCGCCCAAGCGGCUCCCGAGGCGGAGGAGCGGCCGGGCCACAGCAGCAACGGCACCCCGACGGCGCUGGGCGGCCCCGGCUCCUCUGUGGCGAAGGGCGGCGGCGGCCCCGUGGCCCCUCCGGAGACGGCGGCCGGUGGCCUGCAGCGCCGAGCGUCGCAGAAGGAGCUCCGGCGCAGUUUCGCGCGCUCCAAGGCCAUCCACGUGAAUCUGACUUACGACGAGCACGUCCACGCGCGGGCGCAGGAGCCGCUGAGCAGCGCGCGGAGAAGGGCCCUGCUGAGGAAAGCCAGCUCUCUACCGCCCACGACGGCGCACAUCCUGAGCGCGCUGCUGGAGUCCCGGGUGAACCUCCCGCAAUACCCGCCCACCGCCCUGGACUACAAGCGCCACCUCAAGGAGCACAACGAGCGGCAGUUCUUCCUGGAGCUGGUCAAGGACAUCUCCAACGACCUGGACCUGGGCGCCCUCAGCUACAAGAUCCUCAUCUUCGUGUGCCUCAUGGUGGACGCCGACCGGGGCUCCCUCUUCCUGGUAGAAGGCGGCGCCGCCGCCGGCAAGAAGAGCCUGGUCUCCAAGGUCUUCGACGUGCACGCCGGCACCCCGCUGCUGCCUUGCUACAGCACCGAGAACUCCAACGAGGUGCAGGUGCCCUGGGGCAAAGGGAUCAUCGGCUAUGUGGCCGAGCACGGAGAGACCGUCAACAUCCCCGACGCCUACCAGGAUCGCCGCUUUAAUGACGAGAUUGACAAACUAACUGGAUACAAGACCAAGUCAUUGCUUUGCAUGCCCAUAAGAAACAGUGAGGGUGAAAUCCUUGGCGUUGCCCAAGCGAUAAAUAAAACACCUGGAGGUGCUCCUUUCACCGAUGAUGAUGAAAAAGUAAUGGAGAUGUAUCUUCCAUUUUGUGGGAUUGCCAUAUCUAACGCUCAGCUGUUUGCUGCUUCCAGGAAGGAGUAUGAUAGAAGCAGAGCCUUGCUGGAGGUGGUUAAUGAUCUAUUUGAAGAACAGACAGACCUAGAGAAAAUUGUGAAGAAGAUUAUGCACCGAGCCCAAACUCUACUAAAGUGUGACCGCUGCUCGGUAUUGCUGCUCGAAGACAUUGAGUCUCCCGUAGUGAAAUUCACCAAAUCCUUCGAGUUGAUGUCGCCAAAAUGCAGUGCAGAUGCAGAGAAUAGCUUCAAAGACAGUUUGGAGAAACCGUCUUCAUCUUAUUCAGACUGGCUAGUAAAUAAUAGUAUUGCUGAACUCGUAGCUUCUACGGGCCUCCCAGUGAACAUCAGCGAUGCAUAUCAAGAUCCUCGCUUUGAUGCAGAAGCUGACCAGAUUUCUGGCUUUCAUAUAAGAUCUGUUCUCUGUGUCCCUAUAUGGAAUAGCAGUCACCAAAUAAUUGGAGUAGCUCAAGUGCUGAAUAGGCUUGAUGGGAAACCGUUCGAUGAUGCCGACCAGCGACUCUUUGAGGCUUUUGUCAUAUUUUGCGGCUUGGGCAUCAACAAUACAAUAAUGUAUGACCAAGUGAAUAAAUCCUGGGCAAAACAAUCUGUGGCUCUUGAUGUGCUGUCUUACCAUGCGACAUGUUCAAAGGCAGAAGUGGACAAAUUUAAGGCAGCAAACAUUCCACUUGUGUCAGAGCUUGGCAUAGACAACAUCCAUUUUGACGACUUCUCCCUCGACACGGACGCCAUGAUAACUGCAGCCCUCCGGAUGUUCAUGGAGCUUGGAAUGGUGCAGAAAUUUAAAAUUGACUAUGAGACGUUGUGUAGGUGGCUUUUGACAGUGAGGAAAAAUUACCGAAUGGUCCUGUACCACAACUGGAGGCACGCUUUCAAUGUGUGCCAGCUCAUGUUUGCCAUGUUAACUACAGCAGGAUUUCAGGAGAUUCUGACAGAAAUUGAAAUUUUAGCGUUGAUUGUGGGAUGUUUGUGCCAUGACCUUGACCACAGAGGAACAAACAAUGCCUUUCAAGCAAAGAUUGGAUCUGCCUUGGCUCAGCUCUACGGGACUUCUGCUACUCUGGAGCACCAUCAUUUUAACCACGCUGUCAUGAUUCUUCAGAGUGAGGGUCACAACAUCUUUGCUAACUUGUCCUCCAAGGAUUACAGUGACCUUAUGCAGCUUCUGAAGAAGUCAAUAUUGGCAACAGACCUCACUCUCUAUUUUGAGAGGAGGACUGAGUUUUUUGAACUUGUCAACAAAGGUGACUACAACUGGAAUGUUAAGAGCCAGCGGGAGAUAUUUCGAUCAAUGCUAAUGACAGCCUGUGACCUUGGAGCUGCGACCAAACCGUGGGAGAUUUCAAGACAGGUUGCCGAACUGGUAACAAGCGAGUUCUUUGAACAAGGAGACAGAGAGAGAUCUGAGCUCAAACUCACUCCUUCUGCUAUUUUUGAUCGGAACAGGAAAGAUGAACUGCCUCGAUUGCAGCUGGAGUGGAUUGAUAGCAUCUGCACGCCUCUCUAUCAGGCUUUGGUGAAAGUGAACGGGAAACUGAAGCCUAUGAUGGAUUCGGUGGUGGCCAAUAGAAAUAGGUGGGAGGAGCUGCACCAAAAAAGACUGCAUUCCCAGGCAACCAGCACCACCACCACAUCCUCGUCGUCCUCUUCUUCCACCUUUGCCAUGUCUCGGGGGGUCAUAAAUUAAGUCUGCACAUGAUUUUCUGCUGCUAGGAUAGGAAGUGUCUGAAAGGCUUGUUUAAAGCUUAGUUGCGUCAUUUUAAAACAAACAAAACAAAUGCUUUGUCACGAACAUGCUUAAUUCCAAUGAAGACAACCCGGCUGGCUUAGGCCUUUUUUUCUCCUGGAAUUUCACUUGGUCUGAAGGGAGGAUCUGCAAUUCUGUUGGUAUCUGCAGCGACAUGAGCAGCUUGGUGCAGCCUGUAUUCGGUCAGCUUAUUUCAAUCUGCUGUUUUGAAAGAUGGCAAACAUGGUCAUUAAGGACUGGCGUAAAUGAAACUUACAGCUUAGUUUAAUUAAGAGAGCAUGGCUGGAAUUUUGUAAAAAUGACUGAGGCAUCUGCAAGGGGCUCGGGGGGGGGGCGGGAGAGAAUAGUUUGUAAUAAUAACUUGGGUUUGCACUAAUUCAGCAUUUACUGAUAUGAACCAGUUAUUACCUGCACUUCUUAUAGUUAUCCUUUUUAUUGUGCUUGAAUGUUCAGAGAAGCCUGCAUUGUAUUUAUUCUACAGAAGGGGUUUUUGGUUGUGUGUGCUUUUUUUACAACAAAGCUUCAAAUGAUUGAUCAGGGUUUUUAGAACUGCCUGUCUUUGCUCUAUCGAAGAGGAGAUAUGAACUUCAUUACAUUCAAAAACACCAACCUGUUCUGGCUUCCUUAAGAAUUUCGUACUAGCAAUGCAAUUUGAAUUGUUCUGCAGGCAGAAGCUUCUAUAAAGGUAAAAAUUCUGCAUGGUAAUUUGGGUUCCUUUAGAAUUUUGUUUUAAACAUUUUUAAAGCUGCUUUGCGCCCUAAGGAAAAAACCAAUGGUAUUUCAUGAAAAUUGCAUAAUAAAAAUGAAAUCUGUUGCCUUCUGGUAGAGAAUUUGCACUAUAGGGUAUGAACAUGGCUUUCUGGUAUAUUUUCUGAAUCACAUUAACUUUGACUAUUACUGUUAAAGAUUGGUAUGACAAUGGAGUAUGUCACAAAUGGAGCAAUGACUACCUCUGCUUUUUUCUGUCCAGGUUGGUUUUCGUUUUUAGUUUUUUUAACAAUAACAUGUUGGCCUAAUCCAUUAUUGCAGCCAACGGAAAUCAAGUCAAAAAUUGCAUGUACUGAGGAUACAGUGAACGUUUUGCAUAUUGUGUGAAAUCAGUGUGAAUCAUGUUUAAUACCGAAAUAUAUCAGUGGAGUUGCCUGCACUGGAAAUGAAUGCUCUUUUAUUUAAGCACAUCAUAUUUAGCAAAAUUUCAGUACUGCUGGAAUGGCAUUGCUGCUCCUGAAUCACAUCCUCUUCCCUAGUUAGCAUUUGAAUUACAUGGUCUGUUCAGGUUCAUUUCAUACAACCUGUUGCACGUGUUGAGAAUGGAUGUACCAGCAAGCAACGCUCACCACAUGGAGAAUGUGUCAUGCGAUUGCUUCACCAAACGACCAGACCCCAACUCUUAAUUAUG